AAAUGAUUCAAAAUACGAAUCUGAAUUUAAUGGUGCUGGUAUACACGGAAUACUUGAUAAACUAGUUUGUAUAGAAGCAAAUUAUUUCUUAAGUGGUCCAAUGGGUUGUGCUAGGUUGGAUAGUUCUUUCACGAGAGCUAUCCGUGAAAAAAGAAGUUUGUAUAGGCAUACUAAACGUGAUAUGUUUAAUGUAGUUGCUACUUGGUGA